AUGCCAGCUAUUGAAAUCAAACACCUUUUGAAUAACAGGUUGUCAGAUAAUGAUAUCAGUUUGUUAUUAUGUGUAUUGUAUAUUCCUUUGGGAAUAAUAAUACUUUCACUCAGAGCAAUAUUACUUCUUGGAUUAUUCUUAUUGGCUCAAAUUUUGCCAGAUACGAAAAAUGUCCGGAAAUUCAUUAGCAAACUAGCCUGUUUAGCAGUGGGAAUAACACUUCAAGUAGAAAAUUGUAAGACCAAGGAAGCUGUCAAUGUAUAUAUUAGCAAUAAUUUAUCAAUAUUUGAUCAGCUGAUAAUUUCUACUGCCACAGGAUCAAUAUCACCUAGUGCACGAACAACCCUUGAAAGAGUUUUGGGAUUGAGCUCAUAUUGUUUCACGAAUAUUGGAAAUUUAGAUAAAUUCAAGAGCAAUGUGAACAAGUUCAUAGUGGAAAAUCAAACUCCACUUUACUUCGCACCUGAGGGAAGGCCUACUAAUGGAAAGGGUUUGCUUAAGUUCAAAAUUUACCCUUUCGAGUUUACAUCAAAAAUCCAGCCAGUGUGUAUUAGCAUCGAGAGACCAUAUCUGGAUAUAUCAGUAACUUCUAUAGGAUCUUCCUACUUGAGUGAUAUUUUAUAUUUCAUGUUCUGUCCUACCACUAACUACAAGCUGAUGUUUUUGCCUCCCAUCGAGAAACAUGAUCAAACUGAUGAGGAGUUUGCAGAUGUGGUUCGGCGUCAAAUUGCUAAUGCCUUGAAGAUUGAGCCAACUAAUUAUACUUCUACCGACUUAGCAGAGUGGGAGAAACGGAAAUUAGCCGAAGAUCAGGUGAGAGCCCAGGGUCGCAAUACAACAAGGGCAUUCAAUCCUGAAAUACAGAGGAUGACUGUGCAAGUUAAAGAAGUUCUGCCUCAUGUUCCCUUCAAUGUAAUCUACAUAGAUUUAUGUGAGUAUAGAAAACUACAAGUAAUACCAAAAUUCAGUUCUUAAGCGGUUAAAAUAAUCAAGCUAGAUGGAAAACCACCGGAGCCUAGUCUUCGUAUUCUAAAAAUA